GUUUCUAACGCGCACCACUGAAAUUCAUACGAGGAAUUCCAAAAAAUGAGGCAGGAAGUCACGGCUUUGUGGUAAAGCACUCAAACCCUCAAUUGUGGUCGUCAGAACGCAAAAGAUACAACAGCGGCACAGUUCUUCUUGGUCAGUACCUCAGCUCAGCACCCAGCUCUCAAUUGUGGUCGACAGAGGGGCGUUGGGUUUACGAACAAGUCGAGGACGAGACGAUACGAUCUGGUGUCAACAUACCAGAUACAACUAUCUGAACUGUCUGUAGCAAUGGCGUCUGGGUUUCAUCAUGCGGUCCUGGCGCCGCUGCGUCGAGGAGCGUGUGUGGUAGUGAGGCGACUGUGUCCGUGUCAUGCUCCUUCCUCUGCCGUAUCUUUGUCGGAAUCAUGUCAGUGCCGUUGUGGCUUCCACAAACACCACCACAAGUCGUCACAGCAGCAGCCACAGCAAGAAGAAGUAGAAGAAGAGACGACGACAAGCACUACAAGUACUGAAGAGGAGACGACGGGGAGCACGUGGAUUGUCCAAGAAGAAGACAACAUGGUCAUGAAGACUACUGAUACAAGUACUGUUUCAGACGCAGAAGAAGAACAAACUACAAGUACAGAAGAAGAGUCUAUUGGAGCCACUUGGAUGGAAGAAAAAGACGACAGUGUGGACAUGGACACUAGCAACGUUGCUAGUACUACGAGUACAAUUGAUACUGCGUUUCCCGCUGGUACUGUUGCUAGAAUUGGAGCUGCUCAUCAAGACUUUGGAAGGUUGCUUGUCGAAAGGAUUGGACUCUUGGCUUCUUCUUCUUCCUUGCCGAUGGAUGUGAAUUUCAAUCUGGAUCCACCAGCAGUGCUGGAUGCCAUGGCCGUUGGCUUGUUUGUCUUUGUCGCGGGAGCGCUCUGUUUCUUUUCCUUCCUCAAGUCCAAAAAGCAGACUCGAAAGACGAUCGAUAUCAUCAUCAGCCAGCAUGCUAGUAGUGUGAAAAGAGAGGACAAGACUCUUCCCAUGUUGGUAGAAUCACCAGAGUCUACUCCCGUCAAGCAACGACCGCAACAGCAGCAACAACAGCCAACAGAAGAUUUGUUGACCAAGUCAAAACUCCUGCUUCUACUGGAGGAAGCCAAUAAUACUAUUGACUCUUUGGAACAGCAACUCAGAGUCUCCCAGCAGUUCCACCAUCAUCAGAAUAAUCACAACGAUGAUCCUCAUCAGCAGCCACAACAACCAGAACCCAACAGAGCCAUCUCACCGGAAACCACGUUUACCAUCAUUUCUACCGCUUCUUCCAGCAACAACAUUGAAACAGCUAUUGAAGCUAGCAAGGACCAGGACCAUCGCAAGAGAGAGCAAGCAUGGUAUCAGGAACGGGCGGCUCUGCGACAGACCAUUCAAUCCCUCCAACAAACCCUCCAAGAACAGCAAGAACAACUUCAAAAAGAAAAAUCCAACCGUCAAACUGUAGAAACGGAAUUGGCAAAACAGCACUCCCACGACAACGACGAGUUGAAGCAACAAGUCGCCGUGUUGAAGUCGGAAAAUGAGUGGCAAACACAACAACUCGAAUCACUGCAACGAUUCCGUACGGCCGACCACAACACAUUUACCAUGUUGCAACAAAAUCUUCAAGCUAAAAUUAUGCUCAUUCAAGACUUGCAACGAGAUCGGGCCAAGGAAGUCGCCAUGACACGAUGGGAAAGCAACAUUCAGUUGGAACGCAUUCAGCAUUUGGUGCACGACUUAUCGGUUGUAUUGCAACAACAAAAAGAACAAAAACAAGUCGAACCAGAAAGCAAUAACAGCAACAAACAACAACUCCACGCAACAGACGUAGCAACAGACGACAAUAACGACAUGGCCGAAAUCGUGGCACUGGUUGCGACGCAAAAGGAGCAACUCGAGACGGCACAACUCAACAAUCAUUUGCAUUUGGAACGAAUUCGAAAAUUAGAAGACAAGCUGGCUCGAAGAAAGCAACACGGCGACGACGACGACGACAGUGACGCUAGCGAUAUUGUGGACGACGCAUUUGCCGAUCUCGAUGCCAUGUUGAGCGAAGCCGACAAGGAGCUUACCGACCUAGUCGGUUCGUCUUCUCGAUUAUGA